AUGCCUGUUCAUACUUUGGCUGAGGUCUUCGGCAACAUCUCUACCUCGCAAUUGAUCUUGGGAGCAACCACAUUCGCUUUGGUCAUAUCCAUCAAAGCUUGGGCUGGAGGUAGAAAAUGUACAUGGGAGAGGGAUUGGAAAGGAAAAAUGAUAUUGGUCGUGGCUCCCCCUACGCCUGCGAUCCUUACACUUAUCGAUACACUUUUACAUUUACCAUCACCACCACAGAUUCUAUAUCUACCACCGAUACCUACACCAUUACCCGAAUCAUUACUCACUAUACUCCAUACCAUUCGAUUAUCUGCAGAGUCAAAUCCAGCUGCUCAACUACACUGCGAAUCAUUACCUUCUACUCCUCUAAGCGUCAGAAAUUUUAUAAACAAAUGGAACAGUUCACCCGCACAAGUAGUUGGAGAAGGUGGACGUAGGAUUGAUUCUAUCAUACUAGGCAAAGGGUGGGAAGUCUCAGAAGAUAAUUUCAAGAAGACAGAGAAAAAUGAAUGGGGAAUACACCAAUUUACAUUUCACUUCAUAACUUCUUUAUUGCCUAGUCUACUUCGUUCACCUCCCGAAAGAGAUAUCAGAAUUAUCAAUCUAAUUUCACCAACUUGGUCAGCCGCUCUACCUAGUCUACAAGGUAUAGAAAGGAAAAUCAAAGAUGAUUUGGUCAAUUCAACAGGAAGAAGAAGUAUAAAUGCUUUAUUGUUGAUGAGACAUUUUCAAUUGAUCUUGGAUACUUUGGAAGCUGCUCAAAGAGGUAAAAUCAAACCUGUUCCUAAUCCUGAGAAACCGGACGAGAAUCUAAAAAGGAAAGAUGAUGAUGUUAGAAGUAAUAUUAAAGGUAUAAGCGUCAUUAUGCCUUGGUCAAGAGAUGAAGUCUUAAAAGGUAGUAUAGUAUUUUCGGCUCUCAGUAGAAUCCUGUGGAUUGUAUUUUACCCACUCAUAAUACUUUUUACACCUUCGCCUAAAUCCACGAUCCAAUCCAUCCUUUUCGCCUUAUCAGCACCUGUAAGACAAGGUAACAUUGACGAGACACUAAAAGUCGCAGAUCAAGGUAAAGAAGUGGCAGAGCAAAGAAGGAAUGGCGUAGCUGGAGGCGAUGUGGUCAGAGAUUGUGCUGUUGUUGAUCUACCACCAGUGCUAUAUGAUCCUUUACUUGCUAAAGCUGUAUAUGACGAAUUGGAGAAAGAAGUUGAGAAAGGUGUUAAAGCCUCUCAGGCUGACUGGAAAGAACAACAAGCCAAGGCAAAGGCAAAGGCAGAUAAGGAGAAGGAUAAAUCUGGCAAAGCUCAAUGA